AUGCUGGAACAAACUGUUGACUUGGCCGUUGUUGGUGGUGGACCCACGGGCCUCUUGACGGCUCUGCUGGCGAAACGACUUGGAGCUUCAGUCCUUGUUCUAGAAACCAAACCUCAACCCCUGCAGCUAGGCCGUGCAGAUGCCUUGAAUGCUAGAAGUCAGCAAGUUCUGGAAGUCGUUGGCAUCCUUGAUGAACUCUUGGCCAAAGGACUCAAAUGCAACACGAGUUCUAUUUUUGCAAAUGGAGAAUUCACUGCUCGUCGUAGCCAUUGGUGGGAGAACUUGCAGAAUGUCCACCACAAGAACUUUUUGAUGAUUGGGCAGCCUAUAGUCGAGCAGCUACUGGCUGCCGCACUUGGCGACUCAAUUAUCUUUUCUGAGCCAGUAGAGUCAGUGCGUGAGACAUCGACAGGUGUUGAUGUCACGGCUGUGUCUGGUCGCAUCGUUCACAGCACUUACUGUGUUGCCUCAGACGGAGCCCGCUCUAUGGUCCGGCAGUCUCUUGGCAUUCCUUUCACAGGUACUAAGCCAGAGAUGACAUGGGCUGUCCUCGAUUGUUUUAUCGACAGCGACUUCCCACGCGUACCGGAAAUUAUUACUUUUGAGCUAGACGGGCAAUCCCGUGUGGCAUGGAUUCCUAGAGAGCGGGGCUUGUGCCGAUUCUACAUCUUACUUGAUGGAGAGAUUACGGAGGAAAAAUCUAAAGCGUCGAUCAAGAAGCACUUGGCGCCUUACAGAGUUGAAUUUACUAAGACCGAAUGGUUCAGCACUUUUGAAGUUAAGGAGAGACUUGCCGAUACAUUCGUGUCACAGAGUCGUAACGGCCGAAUAAUCCUUGCCGGUGAUGCUGCACAUGCGCACUCCGUCAACGGCGGACAGGGUCUUAACACUGGCCUUUCAGAUUCCUUCGGUCUUGGAUGGCGCUUAGGUUAUGUUUUGGCCCAUGCCAACGAGCUGCAACCAGGGGCGGCACACAAUAUCAUUGCUAGUUUCGACACAGAGCGCCGAAAAGUUGCAGGGAACGUUAUUUCAGUUGCUGCACGUCUUGUGCGAGAUACUCAACACGAGGGUGAGCAAUAUGUUGGCAAUGUGGAGAAGCAUGCGGCAUACAUCACAGGUAUGGGUAUUACCUACAGCGGCCUUGAGUCAGAAAUUGUUCAGGAAUCGGGCACUGGUGCCUGGAAGGCAGGUAACCCCUGCCCUGACUUCGACGUAAUUGUUGCGGGAGACUCUGCUCCUAAGCGCCUUUACAGUCGGGUAACAUAUGGGAACUUUUUAUUCCUUGUGAAGGGUGACAUUACUGAUCAUGUUGGUAAAUUUGGUAAGCUUGUUACCGAUAUCAAGCUGGUUCCCAAGCACGCCAUCGAAAGUAAUGCUAGUGGAGGCAAGGCCCUGGUCUACGCCACUGACUUUGUGUCCGAUGACGAUUCCUUCAAUGCCGCGGUGGUUCGCCCCGAUAUGUACAUCGGAUAUUCGGGUACAGUAGAUGGGGCGGUGAAGUACUUGGAGCAAUUGUUCGCUACUGCAAACUAA